AUGGGGAGAAUGGUGGAGGAGGUAUCCGCAUCACUCGUCAGAGAGUUUCUCAGUCGAAAAGGACUGAAAAAGACAAUUGCUUGCAUGGACGAGGAAUGUCCUCGGUCAAGCUCCAGCAUAAACAGUAGAGAAGAUCUUCGCCGAGUUCUUCACUUGGAAGGUCUUUACAAGAAGAACAAGGUACAGGAGGUUCCAUACAAAACACUCCUGGAGCUUGUAGUGUGGCACCGCACAGAGGAAAGUGGGUUCGCCAAGAGAAAGCAACAGAGUAAUACAGACACUCAGGCACCUGGAGAAAGGAUCCUGGCUAGCAGUUCUACUGCAUCAUCGGUUAUUGUGCCUAGAGAUGUUAGUGCAACAGAUGUCUGCACUGGAGAUUUACUCCAACGUAACUUGAACGUGUCAAGAUUGCAAUCAUCUCAACUACAGGGUGAAAAACCUUCCUUUAUUUUAAACGCUAAUCUCAAUGAAGGCGCAUCAGAGAGGCUGGCAUUGCCCAGCAGCCAGGAAACCUUGAGUUCCCCCACUGCCAUGGACCAGCUCCCAGAGAAGGGGAGCUCCGUCAGAGGAGCCAGUCACGGAGGCAGAAGCUCUCGCAUCCAGCGGGGCAUGAUGGCAGGGCCCGUGCUCAGCUCCUCUCUGGAAGGCAGUAAAAGACGUGUGACACGCAAAACAGCAGGUUCCUCCUCUCUUCUUUCAUCAAAGGGCGGAGAGAUGAAUGAUAAUGAUGCCUGGCUAAAAAGCAUGAGUCACAGUGCCUCGCUCGACAGCGUGCCACUUCGACCACAGAAGGCCGCCCCAGCGCCCCGUGCCUCCUGGGAGAGGCCAGAUUACAAGCCCUCAGCGGCACAGCCUCCUGUGAGGAGCAGUGGUGGAGUUGAGACCGGUCACAGUCACAGAGCCGAGCCUCACUCUCACAUACAAACACGGGAUUUGAGUCCAAGUGAUACUGAUGUUCAUAUGUCGACCCUCACACUCGAUGAUAUUGAUGAUGAGGAAGAGGAGCUGUGUGGUCUUGCCAGGCCGCCCCUCAGUCACUGCCUGUCUCAGCACACUGUUGACCUCCAUCCAAUGGACCUUCACACUUCCACUACACUGAAAGUGCUCCUCUUUGGAUCUACCUUUGGCUGCUUUGGCGAAGAAUGGAAAUGUCAAAGUUUUUCCUUUUCAGAUAAGCCCAAUUUGGGAUAUGGGAUUGUGCAAAAAAAGGGGGGUCCUUGCGGAGUACUGGCUUCUGUUCAAGCCUGUGUUCUGCAGAAACUGCUGUUUGAAAAUGCAGAAUCUGACUCCUCCCUCAAACAAAUGCAGCCAUCAGCAGCCCAGAGGACUCGGUGCCUGGUGUUGGCUAUCGCUGAGAUCCUGUGGAGGGCUGGAGAUAGAAAGAAAGCCGUUGUGGCGAUAAAUUCCCAAAGGCAACAAUUCACUCCAGUGGGACAGUAUAAAGCAGACGGGAUUCUGGAGCUGAUUACCUGCUCCACGGUUGACAGUUUGCCAGAGCUCAGGGGACUUUUGGAGCAGCACAUAUCACAGUUUGAGUGGGGUCCUUUUGGCUGUGUUUUACUCACCAUCUCUGCCAUCCUCUCCAGAACGAUUGACAGUGUGCGUUCUGACAUGGAUGUGCCCACCACUACUCUCAUCGGUGCCCAUGGCUACUGCACACAGGAGCUUGUUAACCUCCUGCUGUGUGGGAGAGCUGUGUCCAACGUCUUCAAUGAUGAGAUGAGACUGGACUCUGGCAAUGGCAUCUACACGCUGCUGAAAGGAGUCUCCUGCCACGCUGACAUCGGACUGCUGUCCCUGUUUGAACAUUACAAUAUCUGUAAGGUGGGGGAUUACCUGAAGCGGCCCAGGCAUCCUAUCUGGGUGGUGUGCAGCGAGAGCCAUUUCAGCGUGCUCUUCUCCUUGAACCAGAACCUGAACUCUGACCUGUUCAAUGAGGCGACCUUUGACCUCUACUACUAUGACGGCCUGGCCAACCAGCAGGAGCAGAUACGUCUGACCGUUUCCUUGGACAGUUCCAAAAUGGCCGCUGGUGGCGACGUUGCUGUGGACAGUGAUCUAGUUCCUCCUCUGGAGCACUGUAUCAGGACCAGAUGGAAAAAUGCAUCGGUGAACUGGAAUGACACAGAGCCUAUACUGUAACUACCGGUGCAGAGAGGACAGGGCAGUGACCCAAAAUCACUUUCCCUCCU